AUGACCGUGCAACGUACGGGUGGAGAUGGUGCCAAAAUUGCAUUAAUGAUCUACACAAUUUUAUUUUGGACAUCUGGCUUAGCGCUUAUAUUUCUUGGCUUAUGGAUGUUGCUGGAUCCAAAGAGAAAUUACAUCUUAGAUCUCGUUGACUUCUCAGAAGAUGAUCCUUUACUGGUAAGUUAAUU